AUGUCGCUCCCCUCCGCCUCCUCCUCCCUUCUCCUCCUCUCCCCGCGCAGCAGCCCUAGGCGGCUCCUCCCCCUCCUCCUCCCGCUCCGCCUCUCCUCCUCCUCCGCCGCCGCAAUGCCUCCCCGCCGCGACCGCGACUGCCAGAAGUGGAAGCCCAAGGCCACGGAUGCUACUGCGUCGGCGGCGGCGGCGGCGUCCUCUUCCGCCGAGCUUGCUGGUGGUGUCGAGAGGAUGGCCAUCUCCCCGUCCCCGCAGGCUGGGGCGUCGCAGAUGUGGACGCCCAGGGGCUACGCGACCUCGGCAUCGUCGUCGUCGUCCUCCUCCUCUUCGGCCGCGGCGGCUGAGCAGCGCGUCGACGGUGAUAAGCUCUCCAGGCUGUUCAAGGCCGCCCCGCAAUUCGAGGUGGACAACAACACGUUCACCCAGUCGCAGAUCAGGGCCACCUUCUACCCCAAGUUUGAGAACGAGAAGUCCGAUCAGGAGACUAGAACCCGGAUGCUUGAGAUGGUGUCGCAUGGUUUAGCUACCUUGGAGGUUACACUCAAGCAUUCAGGAUCUCUUUUCAUGUAUGCUGGCCACCAUGGUGGUGCAUAUGCCAAGAACAGCUUCGGAAAUAUCUACACAGCUGUAGGUGUUUUUGUUCUGGGACGCCUGUUUCGUGAAGCUUGGGGGAAGGAAGCUCCUAGAAUGCAAGAAGAAUUCAAUGAUUUUCUUGAGAAAAAUCGCAUAAGCAUUUCAAUGGAACUUGUGACUGCUGUGUUAGGAGACCAUGGUCAAAGGCCAAAAGAUGAUUAUGCUGUGGUUACUUCUGUGACAGAGUUGAGUCAUGGCAAGCCAAAAUUCUACUCUACUCCAGAGGUAAUUGGGUUUUGUCGGAAAUGGCGUCUACCUACAAACCAUGUCUGGCUAUUUUCUACAAGGAAAUCUGCCUCAUCAUUUUUUGCUGCAUAUGAUGCAUUAUGUGAAGAGGGGACUGCAACACCUGUUUGCAAAGCCCUCGAUGAGAUAGCCGAUGUAUCUGUACCAGGCUCAAAGGAUCAUGUAAGGGUUCAGGGUGAGAUACUUGAAGGUCUGGUUGCCCGUAUUGUUAGCCGUGAAAGUUCAGUGCAAAUAGAAGAAGUCUUGAGAAACUAUCCCCUGCCUCCAUUAGACGGAGCUAACUCUGACUUGGGACCAAGUUUGCGAGCAAUAUGUGCUGCUAAUAGGUCUGAUGAAAAGCAGCAAAUUAAAGCACUUCUUGAAAAUGUUGGAUCUUCAAUGUGUCCAGACCAUUCUGAUUGGUUUGGAUAUAAUGGCCUUGAUUAUCAGUCUCGAAAUGCUGACAGAUCGGUUGUCACUAAGUUUUUACAAGCACAUCCUACAGACUACGCAACUAAGAAACUACAGGAGAUGAUUCGUUUGAUGAAACAGAGGCAUUUCCCUGCAGCUUUUAAAUGUUACUGGAACUAUCACAAAAUUGAUUCUCUAACAAAUGACAACUUAUAUUACAAAAUGGUCAUCCAUGUGCACAGUGAUUCUGUUUUUAGACGUUAUCAGCAAGAGAUGAGGAGAAAUCAAGGGUUGUGGCCACUGUAUAGGGGUUUCUUUGUUGAUGUAAACCUGUUCAAGGCUAAUAAUAUGAAAUCUUCCGUACUUCCGCAUGACAUUGACACCUCACUGAAAGAUAUCAAUGGCGCCUUGGAUUCAAAUCCGUCAGCAAAGGAUGGUCUAGCUGAUGAGGAUUCAAAUCUGAUGGUGAAACUAAAAUUCCUUACAUAUAAGUUACGCACGUUCUUAAUUCGGAAUGGUCUGUCUACACUUUUCAAAGAUGGCCCUUCUGCUUAUAAAACUUACUACCUGAGGCAGAUGAAGAACUGGGGAACAUCAGCAAGUAAACAGAAAGAACUUAGCAAAUUGCUGGAUGAAUGGGCUGUCUAUAUUAGAAGGAAGUAUGGGAAUAAGCCACUUUCAUCCUCAACAUAUCUUAGUGAAGCAGAGCCUUUCCUUGAACAGUAUGCUAAGCGCAGUCCUGAAAAUCAGGCUCUGAUAGGGGCAGCUGGUGACUUGGUUCAGACUGAAAAUUUCUUGGCAAUACUUGAGGCAGAGAGAGAUGAAGAGGGUGAUCUUCAUGCAGAACGUGGUACUACACCAGCUAGUCCUACAUCGACAUCCCUGGAUGUAGUUCCGAAAACUGAGGGUUUGAUUGUCUUCUUUCCUGGUAUACCUGGCUGUGCAAAGUCAGCCCUUUGUAAGGAGAUAUUAAACACUCCUGGUGGACUAGGUGAUAAUCGUCCUCUUCAUAGUUUGAUGGGUGACCUUAUUAAAGGAAGGUACUGGCAAAAAGUUGCUGAUGAACGAAAAAAGAAACCAUUUAGAAUAACCCUUGCUGACAAAAAUGCACCAAAUGAAGAAGUGUGGAGGCAGAUUGAGGAUAUGUGCAGGACAACAAAGGCUGUAGCUGUUCCUGUUGUUCCUGAUUCUGAAGGCACCGAGUCAAAUCCAUUUUCUCUUGAUGCUCUUGCUGUCUUCAUGUUUCGUGUACUUCAACGGGUCAAUCAUCCGGGUAACCUGGAUAAGGCAUCACCAAAUGCUGGCUAUGUUCUGCUAAUGUUUUACAACCUCUAUGAUGGCAAGAGUCGAAGAGAAUUUGACAGUGAACUAUACGAGCGUUUUGGCUCCUUGGUUAAGAUGCCACUAUUAAAGCCAGAUAGAGCCCCGCUGCCUGAUGAAGUGAGAGCUAUUUUAGAUGAAGGGAUUAGCUUGUUCAGACUGCAUCAAAGUAGGCAUGGAAGAGCGGAGCCAUCAAAAGGUGCAUAUGCAAAAGAAUGGGCACAGUGGGAGAAAAGGUUGCGCCAGGUUUUGUUUGCGAACACAGACUAUCUCAACUCUAUCCAGGUUCCAUUUGACUUUGUAGUGAAAGAAGUACUGGAGCAGUUAAAAUCUGUUGCAAAAGGUGAUCUCAGAAUGCCCGAUACUGUGAAGCGAAAGUUUGGCAAUAUUGUCUUUGCUGCUGUUACGUUAACCCCAACAGAUAUAUUGGGCGUUCUCCCAAAGCUAGCAGAGCAUAACGAUGUCAGCAACUUCCUCAACACCACAAAACUGGCAGAUAACCUGAACAAGGCUCAUGUUACCCUUGCCCACAAAAGAGCCCAUGGUGUAGCUGCAGUUUCAAGCUACGGUGUCUACCAGAACCAGCAAGUUCCCGUGAUGUUCAACGCCUUCCUCUUCUCCGACAAGAUGGCCGCCCUUGAGGUGGAUCUCGGGACGGCGAACGGCGAGAAGAUCACUUCCAGAAACGAUUGGCCGCACGCCACCCUGUGGACUGCCCCGGGCGUUGCACCGAAAGAAGCGAACGAGCUGCCGCAGCUCGUUUCGGAAGGGAAGGCAAAGCGGGUGGCAAUAGACCCUCCUAUCACUGUAUCAGGAGUGCUGGAUUUCUACUGACCGACCUCCUCUUUGUUCAUAUUUUCUGGUGUGGACUAGACAUUGAACACAUAAUCAGGAUUCAGGAAAGCGUUUGGUAUCGGUGGCCCUUUUUAACAACCGAUAACGGCGAUAGCUUUGUACAAGGUUCAUCGAGUUUGUGGGCACAUUUUCCUUUUUGUAGAGAUUACAGGAUUGGCCGAGAUGGUGAUGCUGUUACGUUUGAAUUGGUGAAAAAUGAAAUGUAACAAUAUAUUUAGCUGCACAUUCAGUGUCUAGCAUUUAAACAGGUUUUAGUAUUGAUAAAUUACAAAAGCUACGCAUGCUUUUU